CCAGCUGCAAGGAAAGGACGUGAAUAUACCUGUUAAACAGGGUGGGACAGCUCCGCCUCAGAAGGAUCCUGAGGACCUCUCCACCUCAAAAAAGAGAACCCGGGUAGAGAGGAGGCGAGGACACUCCCACUGCGCAGGGCUGGGCCACCCUGACCCCUAGCGGAAGAGCCGGCACCCGACUGCUGCCCGGAUCCAAGAUGGCGGAGCAGGAGGCACGGGCUGGCAUUCGUGUUCAUGUGCCUGGGGCGGAGCCUGUGCCUAGGGGGCGGGGUGGAGCGGGGCGGCUCUCUAGGCCGAGCGGGAGGUCGGGGCUUCGGGCGCUCGCUGGUGGCCGGCCCACAGGCUGCAGCUGCGCGCAGGGGUCGGUGGCCGGGGUCGAAUUCCAUCGGGAGCCAUGAGCGUGGACAAGGCCGAGCUAUGCGGGUCUCUGCUCACCUGGGUAGGUCGGGGGGCGGGCCUGGGUCAGGUGUGCGCCCGCUCCUCUCGUCCUUCCCUCUGUCUUGGGACUGGAAGAAGGAAAGGGUCGUUGGCCCAGCGGCCGUUGGACUCUGACCCUAGCACUUGCUCCUGUCACGUGGCAGGCCUGCUUGGAAAGAACAGUUGCAGACGUUCCAAGUUCCGUACCCCUGUGCAAGCCCCCAGGACCUGAACAGCGGCCUUGCUAUAGCUCGUGUGCUGAAUCAGAUAGAUUCCUCCUGGUUCAAUGAAGCAUGGCUCAAGGGCAUCUCAGAGGACCCAGGUCCCAACUGGAGGCUGAAGGACACACCACCAAAAAGGGAGAAAUGAGAAGUGACUGGUGCAGUCAUCCAAGUGAGAUGACAUUGGUAGUGCCAGGUGGUGAGAAGCGAUUGGAUUCUGGGACUCGUGAAUAAAGAUGGUCAGAUCAGCAAGCUGGAGAAGAUCUUACAGAGCCUGGUGGAGUACUGGCAGGAUGUUCUGGGCCAUCCUGUAUUGGAACAGCACCUUCCAGAUGUCAGCCUUAUUGGCGAGUUCUCAGACCCCUCAGAGCUUGGCAAACUACUUCAGUUGGUAUUGGGCUGUGCUAUCAGUUGCGAGAAAAAGCAGGAGCAUAUCCAGAGAAUCAUGACGUUGGAGGAAUCUGUUCAACAUGUAGUGAUGGAAGCCAUCCAGGAGCUCAUGACAAAAGACAUCCCUGAUACACCGUCACCGGAGACUUAUGGGAACUUUGAUACACAGUCCCGUAGGUACUAUUUCUUGAGUGAGGAGGCAGAGGAGGGGGAUGAACUUCAGCAACACUGUCUGGACCUGGAACGGCAGCUCAUGCUCCUUUCAGAAGAGAAGCAGAGCCUGGUGCAGGAGAAUGCUGCACUUCGGGAGCAAAUGGGCCGACCAGAAGUGGAGGGUGCCCCAGGCCUCACCACUAAGAAAUUGUUGCUCCUGCAGUCACAGCUGGAACAGCUGCAGGAGGAGAACUUCAGGCUGGAGAGCAGCCGGGAGGAUGAGCGGCUGCACUGUAUGGAACUGGAGCGUGAGGUCACUGAACUGCAGCAAAGGAACCAGGCACUGACCAGUCUGGCCCAGGAGGCACAGGCACUAAAGGACGAGAUGGAUGAGCUACGGCAGUCCUCAGAGCGUGCAGGGCAGCUGGAGGCCACUCUAAACAGCUGCCGCCAACGCCUUGGGGAGUUAAGGGAGCUUCGGCGGCAGGUGAGACAACUGGAGGAGCGCAACGCCGGACAUGCUGAGCGCACGCGGCAGCUGGAGGAUGAGCUGCGCCGAGCUGGGUCACUCCGAGCCCAGCUCGAGACUCAGCGGAGGCAGGUGCAAGAACUGCAAGGCCAGUGGCAGGAGGAGGCCAUGAAGGCUGAGAAAUGGCUAUUUGAGUGUCAAAACCUGGAGGAAAAGUAUGAAUCAGUGACAAAGGAGAAGGAACGGCUGCUGACAGAGAGGGACUCCCUGAGGGAGGCCAAUGAGGAACUGCGCUGUGCCCAGCUACAGCCAAGAGGAUUGACACAGACUGACCCCUUGCCAGAUCCUACUCCUUCAGGCCUGGAAAACUUGGCAGCAGAGAUCCUGCCUGCAGAGCUCAGAGAGACACUUCUGCGGCUGCAGCUGGAGAACAAACGGCUGUGCCAGCAGGAGGCAGCAGACCGCGAGCGGCAGGAGGAGCUGCAGCGCCACCUGGAGGAGGCCAACCGUGCGCGCCAUGGGCUGGAGACUCAGCACCGGCUGAACCAGCAGCAGCUGUUGGAGCUGAGGGCCCAGGUGGAGGACCUGCAGAAAGCCCUUCAGGAGCAGGGGGGCAAGACUGAGGACGUGAGUGCCCACCUCCUCCCUGCCUGGCCCUCCCCUGUGCCCCCCAGUAAUCCUUCUUUUUCUCCCUGCUGCUGCCUGAUGCCUGAUGCAGGCUACUGUGAGUACCAUGGGCCCAGGGAGACACCCCACCCUUACCUUGCACAGGCCUUCAGACCUCCCUGCCCCCUCUCAUCUGCUGUUUCUUUCCCCCAGCCCAUCCUGCUGAAGAGGAAGCUGGAAGAACAUCUGCAGAAGCUGCAUGAGGCAGAUCUGGAGCUGCAGAGGAAACGAGAAUAUAUCGAGGAACUGGAGCCACCCACCGACAGCAACACAGCUCGGCGGAUCGAGGAGUUGCAGGACAACCUGCAGAAGAAAGAUGCAGACCUGCGGGCCAUGGAGGAGCGCUACCGCCGAUAUGUGGACAAAGCACGAAAGGUCAUCCAGACCCUGGAGCCCAAGCAGCAGCUACCUGUAAGGGCACCUCUGGAACUCCAAGCCCUGAAGACACAGCUCCGGGAGCGGGAUGUUAGGAUCCGACACCUGGAGAUGGACUUUGAGAAGAGUCGGAGUCAACGGGAGCAGGAGGAAAAACUGCUCAUCAGCGCCUGGUAUAGCAUGGGCAUGGCCUUGGACCAUUGGUCUGGGGAAGAACGGGCUCCUGCCCAUGCCCAGUCCUUCCUGGCACAGCAGCGCCUUGCCACCAAUGCUCGCCGUGGACCCCCGGGACGCCUGACAUCUCUGAGCCUUCGCCCAGCUGACAAACAUUGACAGACCUCAGCCCUCUUACCAUCUGUCAGCCAACCAGGGCUUCAUUCAUCCUGGAGUCCUCCAGCUCACCUAGUACCCAACUGGGGGCCUUGGCCUUGGUGCCAUAACCUCUGCUCUUUGCUUCCCUAGAUGUGGGGGAAGGGGAGGGCAGGUAGCAGGUGUAGGCCUAUUCCUUUUAGUAAUGUGGUUCUUAUCCUUGAUUCUCCUUGGUUUCAUGUAUUAUCGGGAAGAGCCUGAUUUUAUAUUUGAGAAGAAUAAAGAAUUUAAAUUUGCCUUGAAUGAACUCUGGGCACCAUGAUGAGGGAUAAAAAGUAGGCCAGGAGGCUGGAGAGAUGGCUCAGUAGUUAAGAGCACUGGCUGCUCUUGCAGAGGACCUGGGUUCAAUUCCCAGGACCCACAUGAUGGCUUACAACCAUUUUAACCCCAGUUUCAAAAAAAUCUAACACCCUCUUCAGGCCUUCUUAGGUAUCGCAUGACACGAGCAUACUUACACACAUGCAGGCAAAACACUUGUACCAA